AUGGCUUUGUGCCAACAGUGGGCCGUUGGGGAAGUGAAUGGCCAAGUUGACUCGAAACAGCAGAAACAUGGUGCCAGCCACAAGGGCAGGCACGAGGGCCCUGGAUCAGGGGUGUGCCAUUACCCUUGCCGGUUUUAUAAGGAUUAUAUUGCAAGUGGAGAAACUGUUCUGGAGAGAUUCUAUCAUAAAUACCAACCAUUGAUAACCCGUGAACAUCACACUUGUGUGGGUUUAGGAUUUGAAUUACUAUACCGUUUAAAAUGUUUGAAUAAAAGGUUUCCUGGUAUAGCAAGUGGUUUCUAUUUAGUGUCUUGUGAAGAGACGAUUGAUAAUGUUGCUAAUUAUGUUGGAGGACCACCUGCUGCAGAUAGUGGUGAAAAAGAACAUGUGUUAGUGUGCCUGAAAAUUAAAAUUGGCGGACGACAAGGAGUUAUGCUACUUGAUCCUGGAUAUCAUGUAGCUCGAGUAAUUACUAUAAUGGAGGAUAAAUUAUACCCACAUACAGGCUGGUUUAUUCAAUCUGAUGAACCAGAUUGUAAAAAAGAAUAUAAUUACUUUUUAUGCACUAACGAUCCAGAUUAUAUUGAAUGGCAUGAAAGAAAAACACGAUCUGAUACCUUAGAAAGAACACAAGUUGCUCUUAUAUAUGUGGCAAGGCCUUAUUUAACUGCCAUUGAUGUUACGGAACGCAGAAAUUUAGUUUAUAACUUCAGAAGUCUUCUUGCAAGAGAUACUAAAGGUCAUGUUACAGCUGGUUUAUAUUUUCCUGUUGUGCUGGAUAUAAACAAUGCACAAAGUUUUACAAUUUUUUAUCAAACUAAUAAUGGCAAAAGACGAAUCAAAAUGGCAUUUAAUAAAUUCUGCAGUUCACCAAAAAUAAAUCCUGAUACUGAAGAAAAAGAAAUUAUCGCCGAAUGUGCCCGGCAGUUAGGUCUUUUACAAGAUUCCCUAGAAGAUCUAUUAUCUGCUCUUGCUACAGUUAUGAGCGAUUCAGCCUUUGUGGCCCAAUUAUUGGCUAUUAAUGCAAGAAUCAACACUUUGGCAGAAGAUAAUUAACACAAGUCAAUCUGCCCUGUGCGGUGCAGACAAUAUAUAAUAUAUCAUUUCUUUUGUCAGCUUUCUUCUUACGUUCUUUUUAUUUUAUUAAUGAUUAUGUUAAUAGUUUUACUAUGUAUUACAGAUGUUAAUUUUAUUCUUGUUAUAAAAUAAGGUAUAUUUUUUUAAUGAAUUUUAAUAAAAUUAUAUUAUAUACA